GACGAGCACCCCUCGACGUCACAGCACAGCCCGCCCGCCUAAAGCUGAUCUUCUCGAGAGCGAUUUUGUUCCGUGACUGUUGCAUUCUUGCACAUCUAUAUCUCGCAGAACCAAAUCGCUCUUGUAUCCUACAUCUUCGACUCCUGCGAUUUAGACAAGCCGUGAUGCCUGACUCCGAACCCGAGGCUGGCCCAGACAAGGCGCCGCCAAACCUCCCUAUCGGAUGGAUCGCCCAAUGGGAUGGCAACUCUCGAAAGUAUUACUUUGUUCAGAUCAGUACCGGAGUGUCGACAUGGGAAGUGCCUACGGAAGCGGCGCCCACCGUGCCAUCCCCAGGAAAUACACCUGCGCAACACCAGAACCCUUUCCCAGCCCCUCAUGAAGCCCAAGCACAGACAACCCGUGGCGUGGAUGGACAAGAAGGCGAACGUGGGCUUGGAGGCAUGGCCAUGAACAUGCUACUGAGCUCGAACAAGCCCCAGCAACAACAGCAUUCGUCCGGACUCGGCGGCUUAGCCGCACAGUUCCUUGGUGGUAACUCGCAAUUGAAUUCCGGACACAACCAGAGCCAAAGCCAUAACAGUGGUGGUGCCGCAGGACUGGUCGGUAAACUCGCUGGAAAUUUCCUAGGGGGAGGCAGCAAGCCACAUGGUCAACAGUCAAGCAGCAACACUAGCGGCAGCGGUCAUAGCAGUGGACUUGGUGGUCUCGGAAGUCUUCUCGGUGGCCAACAGUCAAGCGGCAGUCACAGCAAUGCUGGCGGACACAAUCAAAGUGUUGGUAUGGGCGGCCUGGGCAGUCUGCUAGGUGGCCACAGCUCCUCGCAGAGUCACCAACAAGGCUACGGUUAUUCGUCUGGAGGAUCAUCUCAAGGAGGUACAUACUCCGGACAGGCUCCUCCUCCAUCUUACAACCCUUCGGCUUCUCAUCACGCUUCUCCUGCCCCUUAUGGUCAAUCGACAGGUUCGUACGGUGGUCCAAAUGGGCAGACGACUGGCACAUAUGGCGCCCCCAGUCACAACGCCACGGGACAGCACCAACCCUCGCAUAACAACGGAGCAUCACCAAGCCAAUACGGAGGUCAGCCCUCGCACGCGUCUUCAGGCUACCAAUAUGACCAGUAUAGCCAGCAUCAGCAUAACCAGUACGGUGGCGCGCCAAACCAUGGUCAGCCUCAACAAAAUUCACAAUACACAGCAUAUCAGCCUGGUCAGGGAAGCGGCUAUGGACAGCAACCUGGUGGCCAAGUAGCACAUGGCGGGCCGGCGCAAGGAGGAGCACCUCAUGGUGCAUCUCAAUAUGGACAGCCAGCGUCUUAUGGCGGAUCGUCCCAGGAACAGCUCACACAGCACCAGUACAAUCAAUAUGGCGGGCCACAAGAACAGUUGGGCCAACACCAGGCAUCACAUGGAGGUUAUGGAGGACAGAGUAGCAACUACGGAGGGCCUCCCCCUCCAGCAUGGCGAUAAAUUGGAAAGAGCGAAAGUCAUGUGAGCAGUAUAGAUGAGUUUUGGUUUAGGUCGGUUGCAUAGCGUGCGAUCAGAUGGGACGUGGCCAGGCGACAGGAAGUAGGUCAACUUGCUUCGAGUCAUCUCACAAGAAUUCCCCUUUCACAAGUCGCACGUGAAGUAGUGGGAUGGGAGUUUGUGUUGAAAUGAUGUUUUGUAGUCCGCCGGCGCCACAUGUUAGCGGUAAAUGACCAAGUACUCCGCCAAGAAUGUGGGGACGAAGAUGGCCCUUGUUCACUCUCACACAGCCAGCACACGUCGCCGUCCUCAAGACUUUGAAUCCCUUCAUCUAGUCCUUACAACCAAGGACUGACUUUUGCUCCUCCACCCAC